GUUCUAUGAAUAAUACAUAAAUAUUAAUAUUUUAUGUUAAAUAAUAUAUAGUGCUUUAAUAUUAAUAAGAUAAAUGUUUAUAUUUUGAAAACAGAAUUCACAAUACCUAUUAAUUUCCGUGUUUUCGAGAUCUACGAACUUACAGAAUAAUGUCACAUCAAAAGAAAUACAAAUAUACCUUAUCUUCAAACAACGGGAUUUUAUCAUCAGAACAAAGGGAUUUUUUCGAAAUCAAUGGAUUUAUUAUCAUUGAACAAUUAAUACACGAAACAUUAUUGGAUCAAUUCAAACAAAGAUUCAUCGAUAUAUGUGAAAAUAGGAUUAAUCGAGGAGGAAUAACUGUGAUGAAAGAUAUAUCAUCAAUUAAAAAAAAUCAAGAAGUCAUUUCUAAUGAACUUAUAGUUAAUAAAAUUCAAGAUAUACUAUGGGAUGACGUAUUCCAACAGUACUUUCUACAUCCAAAACUGCUCGAUUAUGUACAAUGUAUCACUGGAAACAAUAUAAUGGCAAUGCAUUCAAUGUUAAUAAACAAACCUCCAGAUACUGGUUCGAUGACUUCAAGACAUCCAAUGCAUCAGGAUUUACAUUACUUUGCAUUUCGCCCAGCUGACAGAAUCGUAGCUACAUGGACAGCUAUGCAAACGGUUACUAAAGAUAACGGAUGUCUGUUUGUACUGCCGGGUUCGCAUAUACAUCCGGGUAAACUUCUUCCACACGAAUACCCUGAAUGGAAAGGUGGAGUGAAUAAAGGUUUCCAUGGGAUUAUCGGCUACGAUAAUUACCAAAAAAAAUAUUUGGAUAUGAAUCCUGGUGACACGGUAUUAUUUCACCCACUUUUAAUACACGGAUCUGGACCAAAUACGUCACAAGAAACAAGAAAAGCAAUUUCUUGUCAUUUUGCAUCCUGUGAAUGUCAAUAUAUAGAUGUAACUGGUACAACGCAACAAAAUAUCGCUAUUGAAGUCAAAGAAAUAGCACGUCGGAGAGGUUUCAAUGACAUGGACUUCAAAGACUUUUGGAAGUUUCGAAGUCGACUAGUACGUGGAUUGAAAAUGCAUUUAUAACGCAUCUUAAUGACCUGAAAAUUUAUAAAAUUAUUGCACAUCAUUUAUUUAUCCCUAUAACAAUUUCAAUUAGUGUAGAUAUUCGUCACAACUAUCAAUUAUAAUAAUUAUCUACCUAUAUACACAGUACACACAAAUACGUUAGAUCUCCAUAAAAUGUUUCUAUAAAUUCAACACAAAUUCAGGGACGUUAUUUAAGUUUUUAUAUGAAGGUAAAAAUAUUAUGAAACCUAUUACAACAUUUAUUUGUGGACCCACACGAUUGUUGUCAAAAAAAAUAUGUCCAUAUUUUAUAUUAAUUAAAGUAAUUUUUUUAACUAUGUUAUAUAUUAUAAUUAUAUAAUAGUUAAUAGGCACAUACUUAAUACCUACUAAUACAUAAAAGCAUUAAGCAAAACAAGAAUACAUGUAACCUAUGUCUAAUGACUAUAAAAUAUGAAUACUUAUUCUACACAAAGCGAAAAAAUAUUAUUCGGCAACGGGCAUAAUCCUGAGUCACGUAGCUAUAAAAUAUAUAAUAAUGUAAACACAUUAUUUGUUAUGCUUUUAAUAAAAAUAUGUAUUUUAAUUUCAUACAA